AUGAUGUCCGAUGUAACUUCAGAUCAGCAAAUAGUGGAUGAUGAAAUAGUAUUUGUUGAUCUUCCAGAGCUGUCUAGAUUUGAAAUAUUUGAGGGAAUGAAGGUUAUGAUUGAAAAUAUAAAUUUCAACGAUACUAAUGAAAAUAUGGAUUUUAAUUUAGUAAUCCAACCUCGGGAUGAACCUGAACAAGAAUCCAUGACAUUAAAAUUCCAAGGAAAAAAUAUGGAAACUGUGGGAACAUGCCUAUUCUUUGCUGAUUCUGAACCUAUUGAUAGGGAUUCGUCUGAAGGAGAACCAAAAGCAAGCAUAACUGAGAAAGAUAUUCAAAAUGAUCGAAUUGAGGAUAAAGAUGUAGAAAUGAAUGAUGAAUGUAGAGUUCAAAGCGACUUAGAAAGAAAAUCUUAUUCAGAGACACGAAAUGGAGAAUCUGAUAUAGUUAAUGAUGUAAGUAAAUCUAAGCUUUUAUGUAUAGGAAAAUGCAAAAAAGUGGUUCAAGCUUUUAUUGAAGAUUAG